AUGGCUUCACAAUCUGCCACUGCGCUCUCGGCGCCAGAGGAACCGACGACCCAUGUUAACUCAAAGACAAUCAUCUGUCUUGUGGCCAUCAAUAUCACCUACAUGGCACAGUUCAUCUCUCUCAUCGGGGCAGGCUUCUUGGCACAGUCAAUGGCCCAAGUCGUCGGUGGUACAAACAAGACCGUCUGGUACUCCUCUUGCAUCGCCAUUAUGACAGUUGCCCUGAACCCGCCCAUCAGCCAGGCCGCUGACUACUGGGGCCGGAAACCUAUCCUUAUCGCAUUGUCUCUUACCGGCGUGGUCGGAUCCAUAAUUGUGUCCCGGGCCCGGAACUCUAGCACUAUCAUCGCCGGCUUUGCCAUUCUCGGCCUUAACUUCGGAUGCCAGUCAGUUAUCCUGGCUGUUUUGUCGGAAGUUCUGCCCCGACAAUACCGGCCCAUGGGUCAAGCGUCUGCCAUGGCAUCAGCCAGCCUUGGAGCAAUUAUUGGGCUGUUAAUGGGUGGAGGAAUGCUCCAACACGGCAACCUUCCCCACUACCGUAUCUACUGGUAUAUUGAGGCUGGUCUCUACGCAAUCGCGGUCCUAGGCACGUCUGAAAAGCUCAAACGUCUUGACUGGUUUGGAUACUUCCUUUUUGCCCCGGGGCUCGCCCUAUUUUCCAUGGCGCUGUCGUGGUCCAAAAACCCAUAUUCCUGGAGCAGUGCGAACAUCCUUGGUCCAUUCAUUAUCGGCGUCGUAGCCAUGAUUCUCUUCGCCGUUUACGAGUGGCGCUUCAAGAAGGAUGGCAUACUUCAUCAUGACCUCUGGGUUAAUAGGAAUUUCGCCGUCUCCCUUCUUGUCAUUUUCGUCGAAGGCCUUGCCUUCUUCGCGGCCAACUCCUACUUCGCCUUUGAAAUUAUGGUUAUAUAUGACGCGAACAUUCUCUUGGCUGGUGCCAACUUUACCAUCAUGUUUUGUACUGGUCUGGUUUUCGCCCCAGUGUUCGGGCUGUGGUCGUCGAAGCGCAAGACAAUUCGGCCGCCCCUCGUUCUGGGUGGUGUUUUCCUUCUAUUGUUCUUUAUUCUUCUGGCAACGGUCAAGAUAGACACUCCCCGCUAUGCCUUCUACAUAUUCCCACUUCUGUCUGGCAUUGCUCUCGUAUCUAUUGUGCCACUCUCAAUGGUCUCUGCUCAGUUAACGACUUCCCCAGAGUUAAUCACCUUAGCAUCGGCGUUGAUGACUACAGUCAGGAGCUUGGGAGGUGCAAUUGGCCUAGCCAUCAACAAUGCCGUUCUGAACGACACCUUGAAUAAGGAGCUACCGGAGAAAGUCGGUGCGGCGGCGCUCUCACUGGGACUGCCCUCCUCAUCUUUGCCUGAACUGAUCAACGCUCUGGCUACGCAAAGCAAGAACGCUGUCGCCGCGGUACCAGGGGUCACGCCUGAGAUUGCUCAGGCGGCAGUGGUAGCGAUGAAAGAGGCGUACUUGUCCGCCUUUAGAAACGCCUGGAUUAUUUCAGCCUCCUUUUGUGCUGUCUUAGUGAUAUGUGAGUCUUACAAUGUCCCCUAUCAAAAUACAUACUUAUCAGCCACAGCAUCUUGUUUCAUAAAGGAACAGGGAGCUGACUUUGACGCCCGCAUCGAUGCCCCCAUGGAUGCUGGAUUGUACAAUGUACAAGGCCAUUUGGUGUUGUCGCCAGAUAUGGAAAAGUCAGUCGACAGUCAUGGCCCCCAAGGGACAAGCGUGAAGCACGAAGAAAACGUUCCACCUUAG